GCCGAGUGCACCCGGAAGUGACUGUCCGACUGUCAUGUGCAGCAGCGGUUCCGUCGCCCUCUCCCGCCGGCGUUUGCGUUUGAGCUUUCAUUGAAACCGAACUCGUCGCUUCGGACGCUUUCACCAGGCGCCAUGUCUGUGUUGUGCUACAACAAAGGCUGCGGGCAGCGCUUCGACCCGGAGCACAACCCGGCGGACGGCUGCACGUACCAUCCAGGGGUCCCGGUCUUUCAUGAUGCACUGAAGGGAUGGUCCUGUUGCAAGAGAAGAACGACCGACUUCUCAGACUUCCUCAGCAUCGUGGGCUGCACAAAAGGUCCCCACAACAAAGAGAAGCCCCCAGCGCCGAUAAAACCAGAUGUGACAUCAUCUGGAGAAAAGAAGGAAGCGGAUGAGCAGAAGCCAAAGUUUAGCGAGUACAUCAUAUCAGCGCCGAAGCCCCAGGAGGCCAUCCGCAGACCAAGUCCCGAUGAGCCCAUGGUCCGUCUGCAACACAAAGUCUCUUCCUCGCUCAAACAAGCCCUGGAGAAACUCAAGCUGUCUGAGAACACAGUGGAGAAGAAGGAGGAAGAUGGCGAGGAAAUCACCGUGGGAACCUCCUGUAAAAACGCAGGCUGCAGCAAAAGUUACCAGGGUCCGUCCAGCGACUCGGACGUCUGCGCUCAUCACCCUGGAUUCCCUAUUUUCCAUGAAGGGAUGAAGUACUGGAGCUGCUGCAAGAGGAAAACCUCCGACUUCAACACCUUCCUCUCCCAGGAGGGUUGCAACAAGGGAACUCAUUUGUGGCGUAAACAGGACGAGGGCAAGAAGGUGGUGCCGUGUCGCUUCGACUGGCACCAGACGGCGUCUCAGGUCAUGAUAUCCAUUUAUGCCAAAAACACAGCUCCGGAGCUGAGCCAUGUGGACGCCAACAGCACCUCGCUGGACAUCCACGUGGUGUUUGAAGGAGAGAAGGAGUUUGUGCAGAAACUCUGCCUGUGGGGAGUGAUCGAUGUGGGCCGUAGCGUGGUCAACAUGAUGGCCACCAAGAUUGAGAUUGCCAUGAAGAAGGCCGAGGCCAUGUCCUGGGCCCGUUUGGACCUGCCUCCGCCCGCUCCGCCCAAGGAGAAGGAGGAGAAGAAGGCGGAGCAGGAGUCUGAGAGCGAAGAGGACUCGUGAAGAUGGACUUGUCCUCCAGCUUCUCUGGAGUCGGGAGCUUCAGAGCCGUGGUGGUCACGUGAAGUGGAUCGGUCCAGACCUCACCGUGGCAUUGAUGCUGCACCUUCACACACGCACGCGACUCAUUCCCUGGGAUUUCAAGUCCAAAUGUCACGCGUGUGAAGAGGAUCCGUCCAGAACCAUUCGACACACCAAACUGUCAUCUGACCAUAUUAACUUUGAGAAUCAUGGCUGCCACUUCUGAUGUGUAUUUUGUCAGCAGUUUUUCAUCCAUCACCUCCUCUUUCCACCGUUAUCUUCAGUCAUGAGCAUCGACUCCGCUGCUCUCCUGCAGGCUGCAUGUGUCAACGCCAGGAAUGUAUCAAGUCUGGGGGGAGGAGGGGGCGGAGUCUGACCAAAAAUAAAGAGUGGAACUUUCCAGAUGCAGUGA